AUGAGUAAUUGUGAUAAAUCUUCAGUUGAAAAAAUAAAAAAUCAAGAUGAAAUGAGUGGAGUUUUGGAUGAGACACUAAAAAAAGAGGAGUUAGUAUUUAAAGAUAAUACAAAUAUUGGUAGAGUUGAUAAAUUUGCAAAGGUAAAAUCUGCUUUACGAAAGUCAUUAGCUCUUAAUAUUGAACCAGGAACAUUUGAUGAUAAAGGAGAUGAAUUGAAAUCAAAGAUUCUUGGAUAUAUGAAAAAUCAUUCAGAUGAAAGUGAAGUAUCAAACCAAUCUAUUAGUAAUAAUUAUGUUCGUCGUAUGUCAAAAAAAUUUGAAAAAGAUAAUUUGAAAGAUUUUCAGACAUCUUGUAAAAAAGUAAAUGAAUAUGAAACAAAAUCAGAAACAAAUAUUGUCAAAUCACCACCUUUUUUACGUCAAUAUAAUUCUGACACUGAGAUCUCUGAUAAGAUUCCAGAUGUAGGUGGACUAAGGAACUAUUAUAAAUAUAUGGGUUAUUCAGAUAUUAAUAAUACUGUUAAAAUGGUAUCAGAAUUAAAAGCAUCUAUAAAUGAUAAAAGUAAACCUUUUGAUUAA